CUCCACUCAACCAUCGAAAUGCCCUCAAACAUCACCACCGUCAUCAACAGCGAAGCGUCCCAAAUCCUCUCACAACUCCGUGACCAGUCACUCCCUCCAGCCACUGUCCGUCGACUCGUUGGCAAUCUUACAUCAACACUGACAAAAUAUGCGCUCAAAACUCCUACCCAAGACGAGCAAGUCGCAGUCAUAGUCAUCUUACGUUCUGGCCUAGCAAUGGCCGAUCCAUUCCUCGCAGCCCUCCCAGAAGAUGCGAACACAGUCACAUACCAUCUCGGUCUAUUUCGUGAAAAGGAAUCUCUUCGACCGGUUGAGUACUAUAAUAAGCUUCCAGCAAAGAGUCCGAAGAUUAAGCGUGCCUAUGUUCUUGACCCGCUCGUGGCUACCGGUGGAACGGCAAAGGCUGCAAUUGAGAUUUUGAGGGACUGGGGUGUUGGCCACAUCACAUUGUUCUCUUUGCUAGGUAGUGAAAAGGGUAUUGAAAACGUUGCUGGUGUUUGGCCAGAAGGCACUGAUAUUGUCGUCGGGGCGAUUGAUAAAGAACUUGAUGAUAGGGGAUAUGUCAAGCCUGGCCUUGGUGAUAUUGGUGAUCGUCUGUAUGGAACUAGUCUGGGUUAAAAUAGGAAUGAUCAAACUACAAUGGGCUGAGUGUGUCUCUCACUAAAUCGGUAGCUUCAAGACGAAUAAAUAUAUAAAUGAGGAAGCUGGGGCUUGAA